UCUACUCAGAAUAAUUUCCAUUUAACAUUUUGAGCUGAGUGUAUUUUCAUCUUCUCCAUUACUAUCAACCCCACAGGCUCCCACCAAUGGAUAAUCAUCCUAUCCGUUUUCUUACAUCCAUAGUUAUCAUCACCUUCUUCUCCAUAGCUUUGCCACAAGCCUACUCUCAGCAAAAUGAAACAUACUCUGUUUGCAGCCAAUCAUACAGUUGUGGAUCUCUCACAAACAUUUCCUACCCUUUCUGGGGACACAACCGACGCAGUUUUUGUGGCAGAAAUGGCUUCCAGCUCGUAUGCCUGAAUGAUCAGAACACUACAAUUCAAGCUGGCUCACAAACUUUCAAUGUUCUGCAGAUUAACCAGACUGGCUUUACCAUGCGACUUGUGCUACCAGAAUCAGACUAUGAUCUUUGUCCUCCCAAUAUUACCAACACUUCUCUGCAUGGCAGUCCCUUUAGUUUUCAACCUACAGUUCAAAACAUCACUGUAUUCUACGACUGCCCCUCCCAGGUUUCGGGUGCGAACAACUUAACGUGCCAGAAUAAUUCUACUAAGCACGCUUUCUUCGUGAAUGGAACCCAGUUGCAGCAAUUUUCAGGACUUGACAGCUGCGGGUAUCGUGUUCAAGUGCCGGUUUCAGUGGAUAGUACCUCGGAUUCGCCCGAGAAUGCUCUGGAUGAAGGGUUUGAAGUGAAGUUUGAAGCCUCUGAGUGUGCAACAUGCAAGGAUUCUGGAGGCAUAUGUGGAACGAAUCAGCAGAGUAAUAGCUCUGUGUUUUCGUGUUAUUGUCGCGAUGGAACAAGCCAUGACACAGCCUGUUCUGCUAGCAGCAGUAGCAGUAAAAGAAACAAAGUAUUGAAGUUAGUUUUAGGUUUUGUAGCUACUGGAAUUGGAUUACCUCUCAUAGCAGUCAUCAUAUGCCGAAACAAAGCUAAAAUAUGGAGGUUCAUAACAACCCGCGUUGGCAACAAGAAGAUGGAUCGAAAAAUUGAAGCCUUCCUUCAAAGUCAGGGCCCUCUGGCUCUGGAAAGAUACAGCUUCUGUGAUUUGAAGAAAAUGACAGACUCAUUCAAAGUUAAACUUGGAGAAGGAGGCUACGGUGCUGUUUACAAAGGCAACCUACUCAAUGGUUGUCCCGUAGCAGUAAAACUCUUGCACGAAUCAACUGGGGAUGGCGAAGAAUUCGUCAACGAGGUUGCUAGCAUCAGCAAAACCUCUCAUGUUAAUAUCGUCACCCUGCUUGGAUUUUGCUUAGAAGGACGCAGAAAAGCCCUUAUCUUUGAGUUCAUGUCCAAUGGUUCUCUUGAAAAAUUCAUUUCCAAUAAGAAAACAGACGAAACUGUUGCAUCAUUGAGUUGGGAGACUUUAUAUCAGAUUGCCAAAGGAAUAGCUCGAGGACUAGAAUACCUGCACAAGGGAUGCAACACUCGGAUCUUGCAUUUCGAUAUAAAACCACAUAACAUCCUUCUGGACGAAAAGUAUCGUCCAAAGAUCUCAGAUUUCGGACUUGCUAAGCUCAAUAACAAUGAAGAGAGCAUUAUUUCCAUAUCAAAUGCCAGAGGGACAGUCGGGUAUGUAGCUCCAGAAGUGUGGAACAAAAACAUCGGAGGAGUUUCACAUAAGUCUGAUGUAUAUAGCUACGGAAUGAUGCUGUUGGAAAUGGCUGGAGGACAGAAGAAGGAUAACAGUGAAUCUGAAGAAAGCAAUAAUGGGUCAGGGAGCGAGGUGUAUUUCCCUCCAUUGAAGAUUUACAAGAAGCUUGAAGAAGGAAGUGAUGUUGUGGGAGUGGUUAACGGUGUGAUAAGCGUGGAGGAGAAUGAGAUUGCGAAGAAGAUGACAAUGGUGGGACUGUGGUGUAUUCAGACAAUUCCUGCUCAGAGACCAACCAUGAGCAGAGUCAUUGAAAUGUUGGAAGGUAGUACGGAUACUCUCGAAAUGCCACCAAAGCCUUUCACGUCUUCGACAUCAACGUCUGAAUCUUCCUUUGUAAUGGGUUCAUUUCAGAGUAGUGUCUGAUGUUUAAUCUUGUGCAUGUUUUUGGAUGUGAAUUCUGAAUAAUGUAAGGCGCGAGGAAGCAUGUACGUGUAUAACUAAUGAAUAUUAUUUUUCUUUGAUGGAUGAA